GGGCGGGGUGGGGUGAGGGUCUCUUUCAGGGGGUACAUCACCAGGGUGGGUGUGGUCGGGUCCCGGCCUGGGGCAGAGCAGGGCUGCUGCUGUUAUUUCUGUCACGGGCAGGAGGAGGGAAUGAGGGUCUCCUGAGUAUGGCUAGGUAGGGUGCUGGGUCAGCCAGGCAGCUUGGGCUGAGCAGUGACUGAGGGGAGGGGGAGAGUGGUGUGUGUCUGUGUCACCUGUGUGGGGUUGGGACGGAGGGUAUAGCAGAACUUUGCCGUCUAGGUUGAGUGAAGAUGGGAGACUGAGAGAGCAGCUUGCCAAACAACUGCCCCUUCCCUCCAAACCACUCACUCACUGCAAGGUCCUGACUUGCGAGCUUUGACAGCAGUUUCUAUUUUUGCUGUUAAUCAGUUGUAAAGCCGUUCGUAACAUCCUGAAGUAUUGGCAGGUGGUACUAAAGUCAUAGAGAAGAACAGCUUGGAAACAGGCUCUUUGAUCCACCAAGUCUGUACCGACCAGAAGGCAGAUGGAGUUUAAUGCAGGACUCCUGUGAUUGCCACUUCUGUAUACGUGAGGGGAACUGUUAUGGAGAAUGUUGCAGAGAAACCUUUGGAAACUGCUCCUAGUCAAGUAAAGGAAGUGAGAGGAAAGCACGAGAUUAUCAAUUCUCUCGUCUCUGGGGCGAUUGCUGGGGCUGUGGCAAAGACAACAGUGGCACCGCUGGACAGAACUAAAAUCAUAUUUCAAGUAUCUUCAAGCAAGUUCUCAGCUAAGGAGGUUGUGAAGCUGAUUUACAGAACCUACCGUAAGGAAGGCUUCUUCAGCCUGUGGCGAGGUAACUCUGCCACCAUGGUUCGCGUCGUCCCUUAUGCUGCACUGCAGUUCUGCUCUCACGAACAGUACAAACAUAUUCUGGGAACCUACUAUGGAACCCAUGGAAGACCUCUCCCUCCUGUACCGCGGCUGCUGGCCGGGUCAUUGGCAGGAAUCACCGCCACCACGCUGACCUACCCACUGGAUCUAGUGCGGGCGCGAAUGGCUGUCACCCCCAAGGAAAUGUAUGGAAAUAUUCUGCAUGUCUUCAUCCGCAUAUCACGGGAAGAAGGAGUGAGGACACUGUACAGUGGGUUUUGCCCAACACUACUCGGAGUAAUUCCGUACUCCGGCCUCAGCUUCUUCACCUAUGAAACGUGCAAGAAGCUACAUGCAGAGUACACAGACAGACUGCAGCCAUACCCUCACGAGCGGAUGGUGUUCGGAGCCUGUGCUGGGCUCAUUGGUCAGUCGGCCUCCUACCCGUUAGACGUUGUGAGACGGAGGAUGCAGACAGCAGGAGUGAAGAGCCACACAUAUGGUGGCAUGGUGGAGACCAUGGUGCAGCUGGUGAGGGAGGGUGGUGUGAUUGGGGGCCUGUACAAGGGCCUCAGCAUGAACUGGAUAAAGGGCCCCAUUGCGGUGGGCACCAGUUUCACCACUUUUGACCUCCUGCAGAUCGUACUUCGCAAAUAUCAAGAGCACUACACCUUACCGAGGUAGUGGCAUGAACAGACCCUGCAGUCUUAAGAACCGGAUCGGAAUAAUCACUUAUACUAAAGUGUCCAGAAUGGGACCUGGUGAUUACUGGACAGGGGGUAACAAGUUAGAGUAACAGCGGAGGCUGGCAUGCUGACAAAGCAAGGCGCAUUCCUCGCAGUGCUGUCAAAUUAACCUGGUUUAAUAUUAAUUGUUGUUGAGACUCUCGAUUGCCUUCUUUUCAGUUUAAAGUUGUAAUGGUUUUAAAUGGCACUGAAAUGCUGACUGCAUCCUGCACUGCCUCCUGGUGGCUCUGUGCAAGGGAGACUGGCCCAGUUCAGAAGAAGGAGGGUGUGUGUGUGUGUGUGUGUGUGUCUGUCAGAAUGAAUGGCUCGCCUGUUGUCCAGUUGGGAUGGGGUGUGUGCAUCUGAAUUCUACUCGUUUUGUCCUCCCUCACUGCUGGAUCAGGGCAGGAAGGUGGAGGCUACGCCAGUUUUGAGCCUUUUCCAGGAUGGUCACUGUAUUGUCAGCUGGACGGAGAUGAGUGGAAGACUCGGUCUGGCCCACGAGGAAGCACAUAGUUCUUUGCUCCUGUGGCUUGCUUGCUUGAGGAGUAACUGGCAGUCGAUGCCUUUGAGGGGAGUGUGAUUGAUUCGAAUGGCUUGCCUGAGCUUUUUAAAUAAGCUGCUACUGGGUCUCUAAUUGCCCACUCUUUGGGUUUUAACAUAACUUAUUUUAACUUUUCAAGCUACUUGCAAACUACCCAGUCUCCUGUGAAUUGGACGAUGUGAUGCAGUGUCUCUGCUGAAGGUGGUGAGGUGCAAGGGUCAUUUAUGUUGGGACAAGGAGUGAUUUUUUUUUUCCCACUCUCACACUUUUCUCUCAUUGUUGCCAAACUUACAUCUCUUGGCCAAAAGCUUUGUCAGUAAUUGCACUAAUAACCUUUAAGGAUGGCUGCUGGUAUUUGGUAAGGGUUUAUCAAGCCCAUGACCCUGCUUCCCCUUAUAGAACUCUUAAACACUGAGAAGCUGUUGAGCCUUCCAUAAAUCGUUAGCCUCCCCUCUUUCCCAGUGACCACUUCGGGACAAUCACUGGUUCACGACCAUGUGUGGCUGGGCUGCUCAGACAGUUCUGCUGCUCCUAGACUCUCUGACCAGUGAGUCUGACCUGGAAUGUGCCUUAAUUGUGUGGGCUGAGGAAACAGUGGGCACCUUCUGAUGGUCAGUGACAGCAGCAGUGAGGUGCACAUUUCACCAGGCAACACACACUGUGCUCCUGCAUGUAGGUGGAGUGUGUGACUGAUGGACUGGCCAGUUGUCUGUCUGUCUGUCUGUCUGUUCCUCCUGUAUCUGCAUGUAUCAUUCAGUCUUGGCUCCUCAGAACCAGUGAAGUAGCUCAAUAUGGUCACCAUCACAAAGGGCAUGAUGGAAGUGGCUAACGAUGGCAAUGGCCUGGAAUGUUUGCUCCAGCCGUGUCAUUUGUGGUUUGGUGUCCAAACCUGGAGAACUGUUUGAUCCUACAACCUCACAAGCCCACUGAGGUUACCUGAAGACACAGUCGAUGGUUUGUCAGGGAGCUGAUCUGUAGUUAGUCUUUUAAGUAGAAUGGACCAGAUCUUGAGAGCAGGGAAUGAAGCUGUUGGUGGGGAUCGGGGUUAGGGUUCUGACUUGGGGUAGAAAAGCGAAAGCGGGGGGUUAGGUUCUGACCCGGGGUCAGUGAGCAAGAGCGGGGAACAAAGGUUGUAGGUAGGGAGCAGGUGGUGAGGUUCUGACCCCAGGGUCAGUGAACAGUGGUGUCAUUGGUAUUUUCAAUACUCCUGACUUCAGUAUCGUGGACACAACAAUUGAGGCUGCUCUUCUGCAUGAGGCCCACUCUCUGGGGGAUCUUUAAAGUAGGUCUGAUCUACACUGAGAGUAAAAAAAAAUGUUGUGUUGUUGAAGAGAAGGUGGUGUGGCCAACAUUUCACAGCCACUUGCAUUAAAACCAAAUGCUGUGUACUUUAUCUUAUGGCUGUGUGUGGGAUCUAACCCUGUGUCAGCUAGCUGCUGUGAUUUCCUCUACCACUUCUACACUGUGUGAGUGUAACGUGAUGGGUGUUUUGGGGAGUGUGAGAAGGCAGACAGAUGUCCCACCCUUUCCCAUAAGUGACUUCACUACAAAGUGUCAAGCUGUAGUCAGUUGUUUGAAUGAUUUUUGUUAAUGCAAAAUAAAAUGAUUUCAAUAAAACGACCUUGCUGCUGU